UGAAAAUGAGUUCAGGCAAAAAGUCUCUGACUGUCAAUGAAAUACUAGCAGAGUUAGAAAAAGAAGAUAUUGCUGCAGAUGUUUUUAUUGAGCCUGCUGAUGAUGGUCUGACUGACGAAGAUUCUGCUGAUGAAGAUCAAGGUGGUCUAAUUGAUAAUCUCUCUGGUAAACAAUUAGAUGCUGCAGGUGAAGCAGCUCUUCCAAAUGGAGUUCGGCUUGGAAAUUUAGGAGAGGACUUGGAGAACUAUGAUGACUCUAGUUAUUGCUUCAAAACUCCAAAGUGGACUAGAAAGGCAACAUUUUCUUCACCAAAACCAAUUUUUCCUGAGGCGAAUUACAGUCAAUACCGGAACUUAUCACCAUGUGAAUUAUUCGAAUUGUUUUUUGAUGAGAAAGUUUUCAGAUUGAUAAUAGAACAGUCAGCUCUUUAUGCUCGUUACAAGGGAGAAAUUUCCUUCUCAACAAAUGAAAAAGAACUAAAGGUUUUCCUUGGCAUAUUACUUUUAUCUGGCAUUGUUCCAGUUCUAUCACGGAGACUUUACUGGAAGAAUUUUCCAGUGACUAGAAAUGAGGCAGUGUAUUCUGCAAUGGAGAAGGACAGAUUUGAUAAAAUAAUGCAGUUCAUACAUUUAGCAGAUAAUACUAAUCUUGAUGAUUCAGAUAAAUAUGCUAAACUCCGUCCCCUGAUAAGGCUACUUUCCACUCGAUUUUUGUCUCAUUUUCAACCAGAGCAGCAUCUAUCUCAUGACGAGGCAAUGGUUGAAUAUUUUGGCCGCCAUGGAUGCAAGCAGUGUAUUCGAAACAAACCAAUACGCUUUGGUUAUAAAGUUUGGUGCCUGAAUACUGAUGCAGGCUAUUUAUUACCCACCAAAUCAGCAGAUCAAGAGAGUGCUGGCGAGCCGCAGCACUCAACAGGGGAAGAUCCAGAGGUUCUGGUGCAAGCGGCCAUGGGUCACCAGGAGACCCGAGAGCCACCCGAGAAGAUUCUCCCAAGAUAG